GACUGACUCGGCACAGAAAUCAGCUGUCCAUGUAAGCUGGGGAAUUAAUCAGUUAUUAACCCACAGCUGGAAACCUAAAGCGAGAGUCUAAGCUGACUGCUUCCGACACGGAUUAAAUUGCUGAAAAGUUGUCUUUAAGAAGUUUAGACAGUAAAGUAAAGACCUGCGAUGCAAGCACAGGAGCUUCUGAGGCAGCUGCGCAUCCCUGAGCUGGGCGAUGUCAAGCAGUACGUCCGCAGCCUCCCCACCAACACCCUCGUGGGCAUGGGGGCCUUCGCCGCCGUCACCACUUACUGGUACGCCACCAGGCCCAAGGCGCUCAAGCCCCCCUGUGACCUGAGCAUGCAGUCCGUGGAGAUUGAGGGUGGUGAAUAUGCCCGUAGAUCAACGCUAUUGGACAGUGACAAAUACCUGACACACUAUUACAGUGACACGAAGACAAUGUAUGAGGUCUUCCGCAGAGGCAUACGAGUAUCAAAUAACGGGCCUUGCCUGGGAUCAAGAAAGCCUAACCAACCUUAUGAGUGGCUGUCCUACCUGGAGGUGGCAGAGAGAGCAGAAUUCCUGGGGUCAGCGUUGCUUCAUAGAGGACACUCUCAGACCACUGACAAGUUCAUUGGCAUCUUUGCACAAAACCGACCAGAGUGGACCAUCGCUGAGCUGGCCUGUUACACAUACUCCCUGGUGAGUGUGCCCCUCUAUGACACACUGGGCACAGAGGCCAUCGGCUACAUCAUUGACAAAGCGUCCAUCUCCACGGUUGUGUGUGACGUCCCUGACAAGACCAAGCUCAUCCUGGACUCCAUGGCGGACAGGGAGCACACCGUCAAGACCAUCAUCCUGAUGGAGGCCUUCGACGCCGACCUGGUGGCCAGGGGGAAGGAGUGUGGCAUCGAGAUCCUCAGCCUACAGGAAGUGGAGGCUACCGGCAAGGCCAACCACAGAACACCCGUGCCCCCCAAGCCUGAAGACCUGGCUGUCAUCUGCUUCACCAGUGGGACCACAGGAAAUCCAAAAGGUGCCAUGCUGACACAUGGAAAUGUUGUGUCCAACUGCGCAGCCUUCAUUAAAAUAACUGAGGGCUUGCUCCGCCCCACCCCGGACGACGUGCUCAUCUCCUUCCUGCCUCUGGCGCACAUGUUUGAGAGGGUGGUGGAGGGGGUCAUCCUGUGCCACGGAGCCCGGAUUGGCUUCUUCCAGGGGGACAUUCGUCUCCUCAUGGACGACCUGAAGGUGCUGCGGCCCACCGUGUUCCCGGUGGUCCCGCGCCUGCUCAACCGCAUGUUUGACAAGAUUUUUGGACAGGCCAACACUCCCCUGAAGAGGUGGGUGCUGGACUUUGCCUCCAAGAGGAAAGAGGCGGAGCUGAGGAGUGGGAUCAUGAGGAACGACAGCCUGUGGGACAAACUCAUCUUCAAGAAAGUGCAGGCCAGUCUGGGAGGCCGUGUGCGGCUGAUGAUCACGGGAGCGGCCCCCGUGUCCCCAACUGUCCUGACAUUCCUGCGCGCGGCCCUGGGCUGCCAGUUCUAUGAAGGGUACGGACAGACAGAAUGCACAGCAGGGUGUACAAUGUCCAUGCCUGGGGACUGGACAGCAGGUCACGUGGGUGCUCCUUUGCCCUGCAACUCCCUGAAGCUGGUGGAUGUGGCCGAGAUGAAUUACUUUGCAGCCAAGGGAGAGGGGGAGGUGUGUGUGAAAGGACCAAACGUGUUCCAGGGCUAUCUGAAAGACCCCGAGAAAACAGAGGAAGCCAUUGAUAAGGACGGCUGGCUCCACACGGGAGACAUUGGCAAGUGGUUGCCGAAUGGCACUUUGAAAAUUGUGGACAGGAAGAAGCACAUUUUCAAGCUGGCUCAGGGAGAGUACAUCGCGCCAGAGAAGAUCGAGAACAUCUACAUCCGCAGUGACCCAGUGGUGCAAGCCUUUGUCCACGGGGAUAGUCUGCAGGCAUGCCUGGUGGCAGUCAUAGUGCCAGAUCCUGAGUUCCUGCCAGGAUGGGCCAAGAAGAAGGGAUUGGUGGGCUCCUAUGAAGAGCUCUGUAAAAACCAGGAUGUGAAGAAGAACAUCUUGGAGGACAUAUUGAGACUGGGCAAGGAAGCAGGCCUGAAGUCUUUUGAGCAGGUGAAAGACAUUGCCCUGUACCCAGAAAUGUUCUCAGUCCAAAACGGCCUAUUGACACCAACUCUGAAAGCCAAGAGAUCUGACCUGAGGAACUACUUCAGAGAACAGAUCGACGAACUCUACUCCAAGAUCAAGAUGUAACCUGUGACUGACAGCCUAUGUGCUAAUCUUCAGGGAGAUGGGAUGAUGAAAAAUGCCGAUCCAAGCCUUUUGAAUGACUUCAGUGCACACUCAAGCCAAGCCUUCACUGUAGCAUGAACAAAUGAUAUGGACAAAACUAGUCUGACCCUAGGUACCUUACCUCAGUCAUUGGAAGUGCAGAACAAGCCCACUCAGCUCUUUCAGGGUGUCUCUUAUUUGGGGAAUAUCUAAAAUAAUUUGCUGUUCAUCAACAUCCUGUUUGUACAUUUUUAUAGAGUUCUCUCUUUUCAAACACAGAGCCUUGUUGUUAAACAUGCUGUCUGUUGUGCGCACAAGGACUAGCACCAUGCUAUUAUUUAGAGCCAUUUCUUUCAGGGGGAGAGAGGAGCUUUAUUGCUAUAGAAAUUGUGAAUGUACUUUUACAGUCAUGUCUCUUAAAUGGUUUAUAACUGCAGUAUGUACAUAGCUUCUAUUUCAGUAGCCAUUGGUUUUGUAAUUCAUAAAUAGGUGGUAAUGCAGAGUUAUUUUAAAAGGUGCUAAAGUGUAUUUGUAGAGUGGAAGGGUGAAUAUUGCCAGAGGUCGUAGGUAAGCAUACCCAUGGUGUGAAUUCCUUAGGACCUGAUCUUCAGCAGGGAAAGGUAAUUGCACUUGUAUAGGACUGAUUGUUCUGUAAUGUGUUAGGAAAUAUUAAGGCUAAUGGUAGAAACCUUCAUAUGUUGAUGAUUUUAAUUGUGGGUUUGGUGUGUAACUUAUCAGAUUUAACAGUGGGUUUUAUUUAAUAGAAUGUUUCAAUCUGUUGUGAACCAGUUAAAGUACCAAGAAAGAAUAUGCUGGUGAUGGUAACAACAAGGGACAUAUGCAAUCAUCUCCUUUCUAUGGUAUUAGUCAUGUCUUAGAAUUGCUUAGAAUAUUAGGCUGUGAUCUGUCUGGCUCUUUCCCACUGCUGUAGUGUGUCACUCACUAUUGGCCCUUUGUUUCAAUGCGGCCAACACUGACACAAGUGGGCCAAAGCCACAGGUUUGUAUCCCUGUGCCCCAUUCUGAAAACCGUGGAGGGAUUAGAGACAUUCCCUGGUACAGAGCCUGACCCUGCCUCUUCUCCCCCCACCAAAUUCCAAGAUGGACUCAUCCAUCCCACAAACGUGGUUUAUCUGUCACAACCAUUGAAAAGAAGUGUAUGAAGUUCUGGAGAAACUCUGGUUUAGAACUGUUGCUGUACUACAUUGUAUUUAAAUGUAUAUUGGAAAAGAGCCAUUUUUAAAUCCCCAAAAAAAUGUCUUCUUUCUUACCAGUUGUUCAGGGGUUUUCUAAAAUAAAGAGCUGUGAACAAGAUGGCUUACUUUAUAUGCAUAUAGCUUUUAAAAUGUUGUCCAUUUCUAAUUCUAAUGUGGAGACUUGGGAUAUACCAGCAAGGGUAAGCUAUGGCCAUCACGAGAUGCAUUUUGUAAACUUUUGCAUAAAGCCAGAAAUCGUAUGUAGAAUGAUGCUGUGAAUGAAGCUGUGAUGCUUUUUGGGGACUGAGCAUGUGAAUUUGGGCAAAUUUCCUGGGUUAAAUGAUAAAACGGUAAUUUUAUUAAAUAAAACAAUGAAACUUGCACUGGGUGUGAGAUAAUAAAGUACAUUCAGUAAUGGUUUUCCAUAUGCAGUCUGUGAGAUGGAUGACUGAAAGCCAAGA